UAGCAUAGAAGUAUGGACGACGAGAGGAUGGAAAGUGAAAACAACGGAGAUCCCAGAGAUUCGGCAGAAAAGCAGCAAGACAUUCCCGAUCACCCUUGGCCUUAUCUGAAAGAGAUGUUUGACAUAGUAGGCAUCAAGAAUGACUCCUGGCGAAUGUGCUGCAAAUUGUGCCAACCAAAACACCAUGAACUGCUGGCUUUCAAGAAUUCACCAUCGAAUUUGAAAAAGCAUAUAGAGAGAAUGCAUGUCAAUCAUAUGGAGAGAUACAGAAAGCUCACUUCAGCUGUUCAGAAAAGAAAGUCAACCACGAAUGCAGGCCCAUCACCCAAACAACCAAAGUUAUGGGAAGCCAAGAGAGUGUCACAGGUCAGUGUGGAAAAAGGAAUAAUUGACUUCGUCAUUCAAGGGCUACACCCACUAAGUGUAGUUGAGCAGCAGGGAUUCAGAGACCUUCUGCUUCUCCUCCAGCCCAAUCUAACAAUUAUGUCUCGUGGCACUCUUAAAAACAAAGUGGAGAAAGCAACACAAGAAAUGAAAAAUAAUCUGAAAUUGGCUUUGAAGAAAGUUGAGGUUAUUGCAACCACCGCAGAUUGCUGGACCACACACCGACGGGGUUUUAUAGCAUUCUCCAAAUGUUCAAGUCUGUGGAGCAAAAGCUCAAGAUCUACCACAGCUGCUGAAAUCAUAGAAGAUAACUGCAAACUUCAGCUCCUGAGGCCAAAUGAGACACGGUGGAACUCCCUUUUCUUUGCCGUGGAGAGGAUUGUGAGAAUCCUAAAGGAACAAGGAGGAGCAAUCACAGCUGUCUGCAGCGCGCUAAAGAUACCUAUGCUCACUCCUGUUGAGCUUGCUUUUUUGGCAGAGUAUACCAAGACUAUGAGCCCAAUUGCAAAGGCGCUUGAUGUUCUCCAGGGAGAGGCCAAUGUACAGAUGGGAUGGUUGGUACCUACAAUAACACUACUCCAGGAGAAGCUCCAGCACCUCUGCAUUUCCUCCAAGUCCUGUCGGCCUUUGAUUGAAGCACUUCUAGCAGGCCUUAAAAAACGUUUUGGACAGAUGCUUACAGAUCCAGAGCUAAUUGCCGCUGCCAUUCUUGUCCCCAAAUUCAAGACCUGCUGGACAAGUGAUGAAUGUAUCCUAAAACUGGGCCUUGACUACAUCAAAAGUCACCUGAAGGAACAAGUUGUGGUGAAUGAAGGUGAUACAUCCCAUUCCUCGUAG